AUGUCAGAUAUUCAAAAUAGUAAUAACGAAGCGUUAGAGUCGUCACAGACAAGCGUUGAAGGUGAAGCUAGAGCCCAAGAAAAGGCAAGUAACUCCGAUGACCUUGAGAGGCAUGAAACUCCUCAAAAUGAGAGCGAAAUACCCACUAGCAAAGAAAUAGAAGAAAACUUACCAUCUUUACCCGAAAAGUCGUUUAAAGAUUACCUUUCAUCCACUGUUCUUUGUUUCUUCAUCGCUUUUGGUGGUUUCAUAUUCGGCUACGACACUGGUACCAUCUCUGGAUUCACUAAUAUGCCUGAGUAUAUAGAUAGAUUCAGAUUGCAAACUAUUGAUAGUAAUGGAAAUGCUGUUACGAAAACAUAUAAGGUCGGUCUUAUAGUUGCUAUAUUCAACGUAGGGUGUGCAUUUGGUUGUCUUUUUCUUUCAAAAAUUGCAGACGUUUCUGGUCGUCGUAUGGGAAUAAUGGUAGCUGCUGUCGUUUACAUUGUUGGAAUAAUCAUUCAAAUUUCAUCCCAAAGUCUGGAAAAAUCUUGGAUUCAGAUUGUAAUCGGACGUUUAAUUUCUGGGUUCGGAGUUGGGUCAAUUUCAGUUUUAUCUCCAUUGUUCAUUGGAGAAACAUCACCAAAAGCUCUUAGGGGUACCUUGGUUUGCUGUUUUCAACUUUGUGUCACGUUUGGAAUUUUUAUUGGUUACUGUAUUAAUUACGGUACUUAUCAUCAUUACAGUGACUCCCGUCAAUGGAGAAUCACUUUAGGUUUAAGUUUUGCCUGGGCACUUAUAUUGCUCGGGGGCAUGUUAUUUUCUCCUGAAUCACCUCGUUACUUGAUUGAGAAAAAUAAAAUUGAAGAGGCCAAGAAAUCAAUUGCCAGAUCUAACAGUGUUGAUCCGGAAGCGCCAUCAGUCUACACCGAAGUUCAAAUGAUUCAAGCUGGAAUUGAUAGAGAAAAGCUUGCUGGUAAUGCAUCAUGGUCUCAAUUGAUUUACGGAAAGCCUAAAAUCCUUUUGCGUGUUACGACGGGUGUUACAUUACAAUGCUUACAACAGUUGACUGGUAACAAUUACUUCUUCUACUAUGGUACUUAUAUCUUUAAGUCGGUCGGAUUACUGGAUUCCUUCCAGACUUCAAUUGUAUUGGGGGUUGUUAAUUUUGCUUCCACAUUUGUUGGUAUAUAUGCAAUUGAAAAGCUUGGAAGAAGAUUAUGUUUACUUCUGGGUGGUGUUGCAAUGGCGGUAGCAUUAUUGAUUUAUGCCACUUUAGGAACAGCAGGUGAUGUUACAAUCAAGCCACAAGGUGAUGCUCAAAUUUUCAUCACUACUCUUUUCAUUUUCUUCUUCGCAUCAACCUGGGCUGGUGGUGUUUACUCCAUUAUCUCGGAAAUUUAUCCACUUAGAAUACGGUCAAAAGGUAUGGCUGUUGCAACUGCAGGUAAUUGGACAUGGGGGUUUUUAAUCUCAUUUUUUACGACAUCCAUUACCGACAAGAUAGGGUUUGCGUAUGGUUACGUUUUUUUCGGCUGUGUUGUCUUCGGUUUUGUUUUCACAUACCUCUUUGUCUAUGAAACCAAGGGAUUAUCUUUAGAAGAGGUCGAUCAAUUGUAUGCUUCUGGAAUCUCAGCAUGGAAUUCUCCAAAUUGGCAACCUCCUAGUCAAAGUGAAAUGGCAUACACUACGGGCUAUGCACGUGAUGUUAAACCUGAGGAAGAGAGAAGAGAAUAA